UUUAAUAUGAGCGAAAGCGUUAAACCACCACCUAGGCGUUCGAUAUUAUUUACGUUUGUCACACUCAGGGCCCUAUACUAACUCGAACAGUUCGCUCUGUUGAUGUGUUCAUGCUGCCCAUAGCAUUGCCGUUUAAAACAAAAGAAAGCAUAGGUGAUUAAUAUUCAAAAAACCGUAACCGACAGCGGGUGUAUCGAUCAAGUUCUGUUCAGGCCAAUAAAGUGUUUAUGUUGCGGAAAGUGAAUUGGUGUUGAUAUCAAACAUACAGGCGAAUCAGAAGAAAGUUUUAAAUUGAAGAUUGCAAACUAUGACGAGAUGUACAAUACUGAUUUUCGUUGGUGUUUUGACAACAGCCAUCAAUACAGCGGAAUCCGAUUUUCAAAGCGCUCCGGUGCCAGGCACACCCGAACCAGAUAGAUCGACACCACCGCCGAAACUGCUGACAAAUUUCAUUCCCGCAUCGAUGCAACUGCUCCAGCACUGCAUCGAAUCGAUUCAAUACGAACCUGUAACGCCAUCGACAACAACGGCCAAACCGACGACCACAACAGCUGCAGCGCCGGCACAGCAGCGACCGACCGUGUUCCACAAGCCGGGAUACUUUGGACCAGAGAAGCCGCCACCGUCGUCCUCUUCUGCCGGAGGGACUAUUUCGAGCACGAGCGCCUCGGAGCAAACGACGAAACCAAGCACGGAAACCGCAGAAACUUUACUCUGGAAUGAUAAACAGUUUUUCGAAUGGUUCCUGCAAAGUAAAUACAAGCAAAUUAAAUUAGAUAAUGACUACAACCUACAGCUUCUGGAUCAACUACCACUUCGGUUGCUGCAAGACGUCGAGGGUGAACGUUAUGAAUUGCCAGCAUUAUUGGACAAGGACAAUGUUAAUGAGUUUCGGAAAAUCUACGAUGACAAAUAUCAUGAAAGUGAGGCAGAUUUGCAGCAAAUAAACAACGUGGGUGGCGACAGCUUUCACCUGACGAAUCAUCGACAUGGCAGUGGUGCCAGUACAGGUAUCACUAGUGCCAAUAAGAACACGGCAGAAGGCUCCACAGGAAGUGGGAGGAAACGUGUGCCGCCCACCAAGCCGUAUAUCCACAUGCUGAUGCUUUACGACCUGCUAAAAAGGGAAGCGAAAAAAUUUAUGUUCAACUUGUACGAGGGUUUCAGUGCCAAGAUACUUACCGAGCUCUCUCAGUUUAAAGCAGAUAAUAGCCAACAGCAAUUACUAUUUGUACUCUCUCGGAUGCUGGAGGAAAAAAACAUCGAUAAGGCGGACGUCGUGUCACGAACAAAAGCAAUGAUAACAGAGCUGGAGAACCCCAACAGUGCGAUAACUAUGGCUCUCAUCUACGUCCCACCGCUACAGUUUGCAGCAUGAGGAAAUCCAUGCGAACGGAUACGGAUAUUAAUAAUUAAGAUGCAAAUUAAGCAUUGUGUACAAUGCACUUGGUAUAUUUCUUUGUUAAAAUUUGAUGGCGGUACUUUGCCCGUAGGCCUUGUUCUCUUAGAGGAGACUCAGCUCGUUUCUGUGUAAACAAAACACAUAUCUGUUCGACAAACUAAAUCGUGUGCUCGUACCAUCUGCAUCGUGUUUCAAAUCCUGCUACACUUGACUAUUUCCGAAGGGUGCAAAAUAUAUGCUGCAAGAACCUACUGCACUCUGCAUGCGUAUGGUGACGAUGCUGGUCAGAUUUAAAGCCCAUCUGAAAUUAGCAACGCCAGAAGGAAUGACAAACUCAUGAUGCAAUCUUGACAUUUAGUGUUUACAUCCUUCCCUAAUUCAUAAUACAAUUUGCUAUUAAUUAUAACAGGAGCAUCCUUGUUCAGAGAUGUUUUUGCCACAACAUAAUCCGUAAGUAACAUAUACAUCUAUUUCUUGUCAGACAAGCGGGUUGCUUUCAGGUUAGAAAUUAGUAUCAUUUGUAUGACUCACGUCUAAUACUCAUAAACAAGAAAAUAAAUGGCAAAAUAAACACAACUAAUACCUUUGAUGUGCAUCACCA